ACGGCCAGUCUCAACAUCCACACAGGGGAACUUCGUUCCACAACGACCUGGGGAGUUGUUCCUGACGGAGCUAAGAGUGAAGCAAAUAAUUCACAUUUACAGCAUCAAAACGUGACGAGAACUUGGACCAGCUUUCUUUCCUUAUCCGUCAUCUGAAACAUUUACUUUUUCUCUCUUUGUGGUUUUAUCCUUAAGCUUAAGUACUUUUUUUUCGUUCUUUGGUCGUCAAGAUGAAGAAUCUGUGGCUUUUCUUCCUCCUCGGGCUGGCGACUGGGUUUAUCAGCGAAAAGCUCACUGUAGUGUCCCAGUUGACUACUUCCUUAGCAGAUGACCUUUACAUAGAGGAACCAGGGUCGGGUGACCUCCCUGUUGAUGAUGAAGAUGGUAGAGAUGAUGAAUCUGGCUCUGGAUCAGGGUCUGGAGACUAUGGUUUCAGUAUCUCCUCAAAUGAAGAGGAAGGAUCCAGGUUCCUGAACCACUCCAAUACCAUCCUAUACAAAAAGGAGCUGCCACUUCCAGCACGGCCAACGGCAGACUCUGCUCCCAACCCGUCCACCACAGCAGCAGACAGGCAGGAUCCAGCACCUACAGCGGAGAACACUGGGAAGUCUUUUCCUGUUGACGGCAACAGGUCUGAUCAGAUCCCAGACUCAACAUCCAACUGGAUCAAUGAAUCUCCGAGUCCCAGCUUCACACCUGUCAGUCACACUGACUUUAGCCUUCCUGUGAAUGAAGAUGUCAAAGAGGAACGCAGAGUCUUGAUCGAAGUGGUCAACAGUGACGCUAUUCCCAAUAAUGGAAAAGACAGCCAACGACAUGGCCUGAACUCUCCAGAGGAAGUCACCUCUGAGAACCUAUGGCAAAGGACAGAGGUUCUUGCAACUGUGACUUCCUGUGGAGUGGUCGGAUUGCUUUGUGCCCUUUCCCUCCUGCUCCUCCUCGCCUACCGCAUGAAGAAGAAGGAUGAAGGAAGUUACGAUUUGGGAGACACCAAAAUGUCUGCAACAGCUUAUCACAAAGCACCCACCAAGGAGUUCUAUGCCUGAACUGACCAACUGGGACAAUCUAACGUGGAGUCAGGCUCCUGCCAAACAGGACUAAACAUGGAUCUAUAAACAGCUGCAGAAGAUUCCUUCAGAAGAAGUUCAAAGUCUCUGCUCUCCUCCAGCGCAGAAGAUAUACAUUUUUUUUUCCUUCCUUCCCAUCUGCUUGUGUUUGCCAUCAUUUUCUGCUUUCCUCUACUUAAUGCUCAGCUUUCUGUGCAGAAAGGGUCACAAGGAAACAAAUGCCUUAUUCCUAAAAUGCAUUUGUAUCAUUUCUUUCCUAGGAUGGACCUUGGCAUAAAUAUUCAUUCUGCAUAUUUUGUUUUGAAAAGAAAUCUUUCCUUUCGCUAUCAGACUGGACUACAACUGUUCUAAUUUUGUACGCUUGUCAAAUUAAAACUUGUUCUAACACUGUUCCUUCAGACCCACACAGCUGAAUCACACUGUAAUUCAUGGUCCUUUUUUUAAAGGAGUUCAACAAGAUGAUUGAGGAUGAAAGAAACGUUCCGUUUUUUUGGUCGCUUUAAAUUCAAACGGUACUACAUAUCUUUGUAUUACAGAGGGUCCUUGGAACAAACCCUUCUCUCUAUGAGGUCAUAUUUGCUUUCGUUAGUUAACGUCUUUGUUAUAUUUUGUUUUGUGUAUGCUUCUUUGUUGAAAUUCAUAUUUUUGUUAUUAGAAAGAAUCUUUUCAUAAGCUGCCCAAUAUUGCCAAAAGAGAUUUUGCAGGUGCAAGUGCAGAUCUUUAUUUUUAUUUUAAUCUUUUCCCUGCAGAUAUUGAACACUUAUUGAAACAGACUAAAUACAAACACUCUUUACCUUUUUGUUCUAAAAAACGAUCUCAGCAGAAUUAGAAACAUGUUCGAGGUAACAUUUCUUCAAGAGAUUUCCAUUCCAUAAAGAUUUCUCCAACUUGGUGAGUUCUGCAGGCAUGUGGGACAGGUAGAGCCAAAGCUAAUGACUAUGAUUCAGAACCCACAGAAGUGACCAAAGUGUGUGGUGACAGCCAAAGCACAUUCCCUCCUGACUGUCCACUGUAUGCAGCUGUGAACGAGGGUUUGGAGAUAAAGUGAAAGCAUCUUAAGUUACUUAUUAUUUUAGUGUCAGUUACAAAAGUCUGUUUCUCAACUACAAUAUACAUUUUGUUUGGCUGAUAUGCAUGUACAUAGGUUUUAUAGGCUUAUUACUGGGUUUUUAAACUUUACCUCAAAUGGCCAAAGAAGCAUAGCGGAAGCUGCAGUAAUAAUAUAUAGGUAACAGCAAUGACAAGAGGGUGGUAUUCCUUUUUAUUAGCACAUACAUAUACACCCAGCUGAUGCAAUAUUUUAGUAGGAAGGUUAGAAGUUGUAAUAUGUAUUGACUUUAUUUACUUACUGCAUAUAAUAUGUUGAAGAUUGUUUCAUAGAUGCUUCUUAAGGCAGAAAAUGUUUCCUUUAUCAGAAGGACGGAGAUCAGUGGUUGAUACAGAGAGGAUGGCGCAUCUACGGUUACUCCUCUUCUUCAAGGUGUCACCAAAAUGAUAGAUUUCAAGCUUUUUGAAGAUUUGAUUAUGUCUUCAUAAAAUAUGAAUUACUGAAUUUCUGUGUUGGCUUUUCAUGUCUCAUUUCAUUUUUGUUUUUUGGUUACAUUUAAGUGAAAGGUCAUUGUCUGUCAUUUUCCAGAUUAGUUGUGUUUUUUUUUUUGCAGUUUGUGUUCGUGGAAGAGACACUAUGAAGUUCUCUCAAUGCAAAUGCAAACUACCUAUUCACUGUAGCUGGAAUAAGCGGGAGGAUGCGGUCACUGACCAACUGUUAACGUGGUGUUCAGCGAACACUAGAACCGCCAGUGCCUUUUGCAGUGCUUUCAUUUGCUGUGCUGUUACAGUAUUCGUGUCUGAACUUUGAGCUGCACUCAAUCAAAAUCGACUUUCUCUGGUUUAGAUGUCACUGUGGCAACACUGUCCAGAAAACCUCAUCGUAAAAACCAGAACCAGGGUAAACUGUGACUUUUUACUGCAAUGUAGUAGGUAAUGAGACACAGUGAUAUCUUUCAGGUUAAACAGCAAGUAAAUUACACUUUAAUUUAUACAUGAUUUAUACAGACUCUCUUCUCAAAUUACCACAGUAUGCCAGUGAUACUUGGGAAUAGUUCAGAAGAUGCUUUUUACCUCUUACCCAGACUGUUUUUAUUGUAGCUGACGAGCUUUUCACUGUUAAUUUUGCAGCAUCAAUAUCAUUUAUUUAAAAAGUAUAAUAAAAUAGUACAAAACUAAAAUGGAGCAUGCUCAGAGUAAUGAUUAACUUUAUCAUUGUUGGUGUUGAAUGGACUGAAUUGUCAAAUUAUCAAUAGUCAAACAGUUGUGUGAGCAUCAACUCACCGAAAAGGGCUGAUGAAUUGUGGCGGAGCUGUAUUCUUGGUAGAUCUCAUAAAAUUCGCUGCCAAAUAAAAAUGUGACUUUAAUACAA